AUGAGCGCCGCGAAGGACAGCGUGGCAGAAUGUUUGCCAAUGCUGCUUCAGGCACCGCCUGGGCAGCUGAAGAAUGUAACUUACGAUCUGAAAAACAUACUGUUGUCUACAGGAGCGAAUGCCAAUUUGGAAGAGCACAUGCAGCCAUAUUUGGGCCAGCAUCAUUGCGCGCAACUUUCUGUUGCCAAUAUUAAGCGCGGGGAUCAGAGCGACGACGCGAUUAUUUGCGACGCAGCAAAGAUCGAGACGCCGCAAGGGCUUCGCUAUGUGCACCCGCGAAUGCAAGUCUCUUUUGCGUACGAUUAUGCUAACGAUACGGUAUCGGACGUCCAGCCUUUGCCUGCGCAGCAUGCAUUGGAAACGCUCCGUGCAGCUGUGGACGAGCAACUGCGCAAGUACUUGUAUAACCAUUUUCAUAACGGCGUUUCGUCUGUGUUCGUUCCUACUGCAUCCGCGGUAGAAAAGGAGAUCGAAGCGCCACAGGACGGCAGAAGUACCAAAAAGACCGAGUCUGAAGAGGGGAGCACAGAGCACGAGCACGAAACAGACCCUGCAGAAAGCGCGAAUGAGUCUGAAAAGCAGGGUGCUGAGAUUUCCGAGCCCGCAAAAGCGAGCGAGACCGCGCAGGAAGAAACAGUAGAUAAAGCGCAAGCCGAGGCGCCCGACUCUGGCACCAUAUCCCUUGACACGGAAACCGUUACUUUGGAACAGGAUGUCGCUAGGUCUCUUUUGACGUUGCAUGUGGUCGGGAACAAGUAUAAUUUGCGCAACUACUGGUCGGGACGCUGGCGCUCUACUUACGUGUACGACACGACAACACAUACGUUUCUCGAAGCAAAAAUCGAACUGCUAUGCCACUACUUUGAGAACGGAAAUGUGCAAAUGCAUACCAAGGUGCAAGCACUUCCCACGUACACGGCGCCGAGUACAGAUCCGGCGGCGCUUGCAAGCGCGAUAGUCUCGGCGAUUGAGCGCUAUGAACAGGCGUACCAAACAUCGCUCUUUGACACCACAGACGAGCUUCGUGAGCGCGCGUUUAAACUGCUGCGCCGUACGCUGCCUAUCACGCGCCAAAAGAUUGACUGGGAAAAGGCUGUGUCGUACAAGCUCGGGUCCGAGCUCGCGAACAAACCAUAG